CACGGGCGGUUGCUGUGGAGACGGCGACCAGCGAGAGGGCCCGCGCUGACCCGACCUUUAAGAUACAAAAUAUUACAUUUAAUAUACGAAAGCAUGGCGAGUGGUCAAAGGCCAGCUUCAGCAAGUCGAUCAGUGGCCAAAGCCAAUUUGGGACCUACUGGAAGACCUCCUUCAACUGCUCUUCGAGCUCCAUCAACUGCUGUGAGGAUGGGAACUGCGAUGACUCCUGGAACAUCUAGACCUGGAACCCGUAGUGGGGGGCUAAUGCCUGGAGGACUGCUCUCUGCUCAGAUCAAAGUUGCCGAUCGCCCUGUAACACAGCAAGGUUUGAGCGGAAUGAAAACUGGAAUGAAAGGUCCACAACGUCAGAUCCUGGACAAAUCCUAUUUUCUUGGACUCCUUAGAGCCAAAAUAAAUGAACUUACUACAGAAGUUAGCAAGCUACAAAAGGAAAUCGAUAUGUUUAAUCAAGAAAAUUCUGUCUAUUUAUCUUAUGAAAAGAGAGCUGAAGCAUUGGCUGUAGAAAUUAAAGACUUCCAGGGGCAGCUAGCAGACUACAAUAUGCUGGUGGAUAAACUGAACACAAAUACAGAUAUGGAGGAAGUUAUGAAUGACUUUAACAUUCUGAAAGCACAAAAUGAUCGAGAAACUCAGAGCAUGGAUAUAAUCUUCACAGAACGCCGAGAGAAGGAAGAUCUUAUUCGAGUUAUAGAUGAAGAAAUCGAAAAGGAAAAACAGGCAGCAGAUACCAUCAUCAAAAAUAUGUCAGAAGACAAACAGGCCAAAUACAUGAAAAUGAAAUCAACAAAUGAACAUCUGUUACACGAGCUGGAUGCUCGGCAGCAAGAAUUAGAUGGGCUGAACACAAAGAAGGAAGCUUUGGAGACUGAUAUAGCUCACUCCCAGGUAAAGCAAGAAGCCGUGGUACUGUAUGAAAAGCUCAAUGAAUUGGAAUCUCAUCGUGAUCAGAUCAUCUCAGAGGAUAAAAGUAUGGGCUCUCCACAGGAAGAGAGAGAACGACUACUAAAGCAGGUUAAAGAAGAUAACCAGGAAAUAGCAAGUAUGGAAAGACAAUUGACUGAAAUGAGAGAGAAAAUCAACCAGGUAACUGAGGAGAUUCGACAUCUUGACUUGGAUUUGGAGGAGCAUCAAGAAGGAGAACGAAAUCAGAAGUACAAAGAACUGAAAAAGAGGGAAGAAACCAUGGAUGCAUUCCUGGAUACUUAUGAAGAAACCAAAACCCAAGAGUUUGAACGGAAGGUGCAGCUUGAGGCUAGCAUUGUAGCACUCCUGGAGCACAUGAGUAGAAAUAUGAACCGAAUGAAACAGAUCUCCUCAAUAACUGCAAAUGAGCUAAAGUCAAUGCAAGAGGACCUAAAUUUCAAGGAGACUGAAAUGCAGAAAUCUCAGAACACUGCCAAGAGUUUGACUGAUGAAAGUCACCGACUCCAGCAGGACCUUCAAAAGGUAGAGCAACUGGAAAACAAAAUCAAUACUGAACUGAAUUCCUUAAAAGAAAAGAUCGACCAAAUGACUGAUGCACUAGAAACCUAUAGCAACUUGGAUGGACUGAAGGCAACCGGGGAAGACAGAAAAAAGAAACUGCAGGAAGAGAGGGUCACACUGACGAAACGUAGAGACACCUUCAGGAAAGUUAUGCAGCAGCUAUCAAAACAGUAUGAGGCUUUGAAGGUACAACUGCAAGAAAAUGAGACUCAUGCACAGCUGACAAACUUGGAGCGUAAGUGGCAGCACCAUGAACAGAACAACUUUGUUAUGAAAGAAUUCAUAGCCACAAAGGGUAUGGAGAGUGACUACCGGCCAAUUGUGAAGAAUGUGACAAAACAACUUGCUGAGUACAACAAAGUACUGCAAGAAGGCCUUCAGAACUCCAGGAACUGACAUGGACUCUUUCAUGACUAAUCUGGAAGGAUAUUGAAGUGACUCAUUUCAAUUUCUUUUAACAUACCAAUGAGAAAUUUCCAUACCAGUAUAAACUCACAUUGUUCUUGUUACAUUUAUUUCAUGGUGGAAUAAACUUUUUUUCACAUUA